GUUCCACUGGGUUGGUGCUCAUCAGAACACCUCUAACUUUUUCACCCUGAUUACUCUUUUUCAUCUUGACACUCAAGUUUGUUUGUCUGUUUGUCUGUUAUCCAAAAAUGAAAAAUAAAACUUCAUUGACUGAAUUCAUCCUUCUAGGUCUCACGGAUGUCCCUGAACUUCAGGUGGCACUUUUCACUUUUCUUUUUCUUGCCUACGUAUUCAGCAUGAUUGGAAACCUGACCAUCCUCAUCCUCACCCUGCUGGAUUCGCACCUUCACACUCCCAUGUAUUUCUUCCUCCGGAACUUCUCUUUCUUAGAAAUUUCUUUCACAAACAUCUUCAUUCCCAGGGUCCUGUUCAGCAUUACGACGGGAAACAAGAGUAUUAGCUUUGCUGGCUGCUUUGCUCAGUAUUUCUUUGCCAUCUUUCUUGGAGCAACAGAGUUUUAUCUCCUGGCUGCUAUGUCCUACGAUCGCUAUGUGGCCAUAUGCAAACCCCUGCACUACAUGACAAUCAUGAGCAACAGAGUCUGUACCCAUCUGGUUCUCUGCUCUUGGCUGGCUGGGUUGAUGGUCAUUAUACCUCCCAUCACUUUGAUGAGUCAGCAGGACUUUUGUGCAUCCAACAGGCUAAAUCAUUAUUUCUGUGAUUUUGAGCCUCUUCGAGAACUCUCCUGUUCUGACACAAGCCUCAUUGAAAAAGUUGUCUUUCUCGUGGCAUCUGUGACUCUGGUAGUGACACUAAUGCUGGUAACUCUCUCCUAUACAUUCAUCAUCAGGACAAUUCUCAAGCUCCCUUCAGCCCAACAAAGGACAAAGGCCUUUUCCACGUGUUCUUCUCACAUGAUUGUCAUCUCCCUCUCUUAUGGGAGCUGCUUUUUCAUUUAUGUUAAGCCUUCAGCAAAAGAAGGGGGCACAUUCAAUAAAGGAGUAGCCCUUCUCAUUACUUCAGUUGCUCCUUUAUUGAAUCCCUUCAUUUACACCCUAAGGAACCAACAGGUGAAGCAAGCAUUCAAGGAUACAGUCAAAAAACUUGUGAAUCUUUAAAGAAUUCAAGAAUUGAAUUCUUAAUGAAUGAGUUCCUAUUGUGUGCCAAGCU